AUGAGAGACGGAGGUUGUUAUUGCCCCGUCGCUAAGAUGAUGAUUUCUAGGGGUUUGUUCGGUUGGUCUCCGCCGCAUAUACAGCCGUUAACUCCGGUUUCAGAGGUUUCCGAGCCUCCCGAGUCGCCAUCUCCUUACCUCGAUCCCGGUGCCGAGAACGGCGGCACGGGCAUGGCGGCGCAGGCGGAGGAUGAGGAGGAGAUGGAGGAGCCCGAGGAGAUGGAGCCUCCUCCUGCAGCUGUUCCUUUCUCUCAGCUAUUCGCCUGCGCCGAUCGGUUCGAUUGGGUGCUUAUGGUAUUCGGAUCCGUAGCUGCUGCUGCACACGGCACUGCGCUUAUCGUCUACUUGCACUACUUCGCCAAAAUUAUUCAGGUCCUUGCGUACUCCACUGAAUCCGGUCACCGGAUACCUCAGGAUCAGUUCAAUCGCCUUGUCGAGGUAGAGGUGUCUUGCUGGAUACUGACUGGAGAGAGGCAGACUGCUGUGAUCAGGUCAAAGUAUGUCCAAGUACUACUAAAUCAGGAUAUGAGUUUCUUUGAUACAUAUGGGAAUAACGGGGAUAUAGUAAGCCAAGUGCUGAGUGAUGUCCUUCUCAUUCAGUCCGCUCUAAGCGAAAAAGUUGGAAAUUACAUUCAUAAUAUGGCAACAUUUAUCAGUGGUCUUGUUAUCGGUUUUGUCAACUGCUGGGAAAUUGCGCUCAUUACGUUAGCCACUGGUCCUUUCAUUGUUGCUGCAGGAGGCAUAUCAAAUAUAUUUCUCCACAGACUUGCUGAGAAUAUACAAGAUGCUUAUGCUGAAGCAGCCAGCAUAGCUGAACAGGCGGUCUCUUAUGUUAGGACUUUGUAUGCCUUUACAAAUGAAACUCUUGCAAAAUACUCUUAUGCAACUUCUCUCCAAGCAACUCUGAGAUAUGGUAUCUUGAUUAGUCUUGUGCAAGGACUUGGACUUGGAUUUACUUAUGGGCUUGCUAUAUGUUCAUGUGCUCUGCAACUUUGGAUUGGUCGGUUCUUUGUUAUUCAUGGAAGGGCGAAUGGUGGAGAAAUCAUUACAGCCCUUUUUGCUGUUAUUUUAAGUGGGCUGGGUUUAAAUCAAGCUGCUACAAACUUUUAUUCAUUUGAUCAAGGAAGGAUUGCGGCAUAUAGGCUUUUUGAGAUGAUAAGUCGUUCAUCAUCUGGGACUAACCAAGAGGGAACUACUUUGUCUUCUGUUGAAGGAAAUAUUGAGUUUAGGAACGUAUAUUUCAGCUAUUUGUCACGUCCUGAAAUUCCAAUAUUGAGUGGAUUUUACCUCACUGUGCCUGCUAAGAAAGCUGUUGCACUUGUUGGUAGAAAUGGUUCUGGGAAAAGCAGCAUUAUUCCUCUAAUGGAACGGUUUUAUGAUCCUACACUAGGAGAAGUUCUACUUGAUGGGGAAAAUAUCAAAAAUCUAAAAUUAGAGUGGCUGAGAAGCCAAAUAGGCCUGGUGACACAGGAGCCUGCUUUGCUUAGUUUGAGCAUAAGAGAAAAUAUUGCAUAUGGCCGAGAUGCUACUCUGGAUCAGAUAGAGGAGGCAGCCAAAAAAGCUCGACGGUCAACCAUAAUAAUAGCUCGGCGGUUAAGUCUGAUAAGAAAUGCUGACUAUAUUGCUGUAAUGGAGGAGGGUCAGCUACUUGAAAUGGGUACACACGAUGAAUUAAUCAACCUUGGUAAUUUGUAUGCCGAGCUUCUGAAAUGUGAAGAAGCGACAAAGCUACCCAGACGGAUGCCAGUUAGGAACUACAACGACUCUGCUGCGUUCCAGGCCGAGAGGGAUUCUUCAGCUGGUCGUGGCUUCCAAGAACCAUCAUCACCCAAAAUGGCCAAGUCUCCAUCUCUUCAGAGGGGUCAUGGUGUUUUCCGCUCCCAGGAAUUGUGCUUCAAUAGUGAAGAAUCACCCAAUGAUCAUAGCCCUGCACCAGAGAAAAUGGGAGAAAAUGGCUCGUCUUUGGAUGUUGCUGAUAAGGAACCAACCAUCAAAAGACAAGAUAGUUUUGAGAUGCGGUUACCAGAACUUCCAAAAAUUGACAUUCAGUGUCCACAACGUCAGAAAUCAAAUGGUUCAGAUCCGGAGUCCCCUAUAUCACCCCUUUUGAUAUCAGAUCCUCAAAAUGAGCGCUCCCAUUCACAGACAUUUAGCCGCCCUCUUGGUCAUUCUGAUGACACUUCAACAAAUGUUAUGGUGGACAAGGACGCUCAACACAAGGAGUCUCCUUCAUUUUGGAAGUUGGCACAGCUUAGUUUUCCAGAGUGGCUAUAUGCUGUAUUAGGGAGUAUUGGUGCUGCCAUCUUUGGUUCUUUCAAUCCUCUUUUAGCUUACGUCAUUGCAUUGGUAGUGACGGCAUACUAUAAGAGCAAGGGAAGCCACCUGCGUGAGGAGGUUGACAAGUGGUGUUUGAUCAUUGCCUGCAUGGGAAUAGUGACGGUUGUUGCCAAUUUCUUGCAGCACUUCUACUUUGGUAUUAUGGGGGAGAAAAUGACAGAGAGAGUGCGAAGGAUGAUGUUCUCAGCGAUGCUGCGUAAUGAAGUUGGAUGGUAUGACGAAGAAGAGAACAGUCCAGAUACGUUAUCCAUGCGCCUAGCGAAUGAUGCCACUUUUGUCCGUGCCGCCUUCAGCAACAGGCUUUCGAUACUUAUUCAAGAUAGUUUUGCUGUUAUCGUUGCCAUUCUUAUUGGGUUGCUGCUCGGUUGGCGUUUGGCCCUUGUUGCAUUGGCAACAUUGCCGAUACUAACUCUCUCUGCCAUUGCUCAGAAACUUUGGCUUGCUGGAUUCUCAAAGGGCAUCCAGGAGAUGCAUAGAAAGGCGUCUUUAGUGCUCGAGGAUGCUGUCAGAAACAUAUAUACAGUUGUUGCUUUCUGUGCGGGAAACAAGGUGAUGGAACUCUACAGGCUGCAACUUCAACGGAUACUCAGACAGAGCUUUUUCCAUGGGAUGGCUAUUGGCUUUGCGUUUGGCUUCUCACAGUUUCUCCUCUUCGCCUGCAAUGCGCUCCUCCUCUGGUACACCGCAUUUUCAGUAAAACGCGGAUACAUGAAAUUAUACACAGCUCUAACCGAGUACAUGGUUUUCUCCUUCGCCACAUUUGCCCUUGUCGAACCAUUUGGAUUAGCACCUUACAUUCUCAAGCGCCGUAGAUCUCUCGCUUCAGUAUUUGAAAUCAUAGACCGAGUGCCUACGAUCGAACCUGAUGACACCUUAGCUCUUAGUCCGCCUAACGUCUAUGGAAGCAUUGAACUGAAAAACAUCGACUUCUGCUACCCAACUCGCCCGGAAGUGUUGGUACUAAGCAACUUCAGUCUCAAAGUCAACGGGGGACAAACCGUAGCCGUAGUUGGUGUUUCUGGCUCUGGAAAGAGCACAAUAAUAUCACUGAUUGAGAGAUACUACGACCCAGUUGCUGGCCAGGUCCUGUUAGAUGGGCGAGACUUGAAGUCAUAUAAUCUGAGAUGGUUGAGAAGCCACAUGGGUCUGAUUCAACAAGAGCCCAUAAUCUUUUCCACGACGAUCAGAGAGAACAUCAUCUAUGCAAGGCAUAACGCGAGUGAAGCUGAGAUGAAGGAAGCAGCAAGAAUCGCAAACGCCCACCAUUUCAUCAGUAGCUUAGCUCACGGUUAUGACACCCAUAUCGGGAUGAGAGGUGUUGAGCUUACACAAGGACAGAAACAGAGAAUCGCGAUAGCUCGAGUGGUGCUGAAAAAUGCUCCUAUACUGUUGAUAGACGAAGCGAGUUCGUCUAUUGAGUCGGAGUCGAGCCGUGUUGUGCAGGAAGCUCUUGAUACCUUGAUAAUGGGGAACAAAACAACGAUUCUGAUAGCACACAGAGCGGCGAUGAUGAGACAUGUGGACAACAUUGUGGUUCUGAAUGGAGGCAAAAUAGUAGAGGAAGGUACGCAUGAUUCCUUAGCCGGUAAGACCGGACUGUAUGUCCGUUUGAUGCAACCACAUUUUGGCAAGGGUCUACGACAACAUCGACUGAUCUAA